GUCCCUCCAACACACUGCUCUGCCCCUUAUUCCCACCAGCCUUUCUCUCCUUCCUUCCCUCUAUCUUUUUUAGGUUGGAUGGGCCCUAUGAGCCUCUGAAAGGGACCAGGUUGAUAUGGCUUUUUCCUGCUGUUUAAAGCAGGGCAGUAUUUGAGGGGGUAGAGACACACUGAAAGGUUGUCUGGACCACACCACAGGACUGAAUGUUUGACGGCUGGUUCCAGGUGUCUUAGGGGCCUAAUAUUAUUCAAGACUCCCCAGUGGGGGCCAUGAUCGCCAAUAAAGAUAAGAGCAAAGUUCGCCCACCCAAGGACAGCAUGACCCUCUUGCCUUGCUUCUACUUUGUGGAGCUUCCUAUUGUGGCCUCCUCCAUAGUUUCCCUGUAUUUUCUGGAGCUGACAGAUAUAUUCCGCCCAGCGCGGGGUGGGUUUCAGUGCCAUGACCGUGCACUCUCUAUGCCAUAUGUGGAGAGCAAUGAAGAGCUUAUUCCCCUUCUUAUGCUUCUUAGCCUUGCAUUUGCCGCCCCAGCAGCAUCCAUUAUGAUUGGAGAAGGUGCCUUGUACUGUAUUCAGUCAAAAUUGAAAGGUCGUAGUAGCUCCGAGGGGAGUAUCAAUGCUGGGGGAUGUAAUUUUAACUCAUUUCUGCGCAGAACAGUUCGCUUUGUUGGAGUUCAUGUCUUUGGGCUAUGUGCCACUGCCUUGGUUACUGAUGUCAUUCAAUUGGCCACCGGAUAUCAUGCCCCCUUCUUUCUGACUGUCUGUAAACCCAACUAUACCUGGUUGGGCACCACAUGUGCCACUAACCCUUAUAUCACUCAGGAUAUCUGCACAGGGAACGACCAGCAUGCCAUCCUGUCUGCAAGAAAGACGUUCCCUUCUCAGCAUGCCACUCUUUCUGCUUUUGCAGCAGUCUACAUUUCCAUGUAUUUUAACUCCAUCAUCUCUGACAGUACAAAACUUUUAAAACCGUUGCUGGUCUUUACGUUUUCAUUUGCGGCUGGAGUGUGCGGCUUGACACAGAUCACACAAUACCGCAGCCACCCUGUGGAUGUAUAUUCAGGCUUUCUCAUUGGAGCAGGCAUUGCAGCUUACUUGGCUUAUCACGCAGUAGGCAAUUUCCACUCAUCCGCUGAGGAACCCUCCAUAAGUCCUCCUACUAAAGAUCCUCUGCGGGCCUUAACGCAACGUGGCCAUGAAUCUUUGUACCACCAAAAUAAGUCAUCAAGCACUGAUGAGCUGACUCCAUGCCCAAGAAGCCAGGAAUCCCAGCGUCAGGUUCCACGUGAAAAAAACUCUCUUGGUAGCCUAAAACGAGCCAGUGUGGAUGUAGAUUUAUUAGCCCCCAGAAGUCCAAUGGGUAAAGAGAACAUGGUGACCUUCAGUAACACCCUUCCACGAGUCAGCACCCCAUCAAUGGAAGACGCUGCCCGUCGUCACAUGACCAUUCAUGUUCCCACAGAAGGCUCCCGCACAAGAAGCACAGGUCCUGAAUGGAAGCCAAACCCAUUGGAAGGGAGGACUCUGACCCUGGGUGAAGAGGUGGCCUUAGCCCAGGCUCAUAGACGAGCUCUAUCUGAGACAUCAGGCAUCGCCCUUGAUGAUCCAGAACCUGAACGGGUACCCCCUUCUCUUUAUCCUACAGUUCAAGCCAGAACAGGAGGUCCUCGGGUUGUUAUUCAGCCACGUCCAGCAGCACCACCCCUUCUUCACAUACCAGAGGAGAACCAGGGGGGUUCCCCUAAAGGCAGUUCUGCCAUAAGAGCCAAAUGGAUGAUGAUGGCAGAGAAAGGAGGAGCACCUCGGGCAUCUGCUAAUGCCCCAAGACUUAUGCAGGUCAUUGCUUUGUCCAAGCAGCAACAGCAACAACAGGGAAAUGUAUUAAGUGCUAGUACCCCUAAGCAUUCAGAAACCUCUUCCUCUUCUACAACAAGUAGCUCAGAUUCCUCCCAGUAUCGUUCUCCAUCAGAUCGGGACAGCUCCAGUAUUGUUACUAUUGAUGCCCAUGCACCACACCACCCCGUAGUUCACCUUUCUUCAAAUAAUGGACCUUGGGAGUGGAAGGCUGGGCAAAAAACUAGUGAGAUCCAAGAAGGGUAUGAUAUAAGCAAGGAUUAUCGUGGCUUCAGGACCCCCAAAGGUGCUGGUGUGUCCCCUGGUUCCUCUAUUAGUGACUUAGAGCCAGAUCCAGAGCCACGCUAUGGUCCUACAGUCAAUGUGGCAGGAGGAGUACCUACUCCCAUUGUAGCAGAAGUGGUUAGUGUUUCGUCCAGCCGGGAGGCCAGCCUCAGAAGGAAACCUCAGUCAAUUGAAAGAGAGGGAAGCGAAGAAGGAGAGGAACCAUUCUACAAAAAGUUUCAAAACCAGAGGUUCAAGGAAUGAUCUACAGGGGAGCUGUAGAUGUAAAUAUAUGGCAUGUUUUGAAUGAAAAGCAAACACUACAGACAUCUGCAGUAGACUAUAAAGCACUGAUAUCACACAUUUAUAUCAGUGAUUCAGCACUAUCAAUUUACUUACACAGAGAGCGUUAUUCCAGAUAUAACUUUCGUGUACGUUAAUUUUCAAUACUUGCUGCUGGGUGAUUUUCGAAAAAUGGAACUGCAAAAGUCUUGCAUUGGUUUUCCCAGAAAGGGACCCUGUAAAUCACUUCAAUUGUUCAAUCAGUAGUGUUUGCAAUAAUUUAACAAACAAUGGCAAACAGAUUUAGUGAUAUGUUUGAGUUUCUCUGUGUAAAUCAAGGUGGCUAAAAUGAAGGCCAACUGACAGGAGGAAGAAAUGUCCUUGUGCUACACAAAGAAUACAUGACUGUAAAUAGUUUUGGGGAAAGCAAAAAAAAAAAAUGCAUGAAUCCUGGGGAUGGGGUAAGAGGAAUAAAAACAAGUGCUGUGAUUAAAAAAAAUACAUGCACAGGAUUAAAAAAGGCCCCUUCCUAUAUAAUGGAAUUCAGAGAAAGGUAAAUGGGACACAAAAUCUUUUCUUGUUCUGCGAGAGGUAGCUGACUUUAUUUACAGUUGGGGUUGCCACCUUUUCUGGAAAAAUAUACCGGCCUUCCUAUAUUCUUGCCGUUUUUUUCCUAUUAAUAACAUUGGCAUCAAGCAUACAUUUUACCGGCCAGGCCGGUAAAAUACCGGCCAGGUGGCAACCCUAUUUACAGUGUGCCUUAGCCCAUUACUUGAAUUGGGGCAUUGAUCCUAGAACUCUGCAUGUGCUACAGUCCUGCACCUUUCUGGAGAGCUAAGCAGUUUGUAAUGCUGCCCAAGCUCCCAGACUCCAAAUCCAACAUGAUCUAAUUCAACUGCUAAGUGGUAAUUUGUUAGUGUGCUCUGCAAAUCUAAAGUGACCAAAUUCUCAAUUGAGCACCUAUAGUGAAAGCGAUUCUGCAAUAGAAACAGCUAAACACCACAUUAUACAUUUGCCGUAAACAUCUAUUAACCUGGAGGUCUGGUAACUUUACAGAAGGGGACAGAUUUUUUUGUAUUUGUGCAAGGUUAAACUUAUGUUGUUGGUGAAAAUAGUACUGCUGAAUCUGGUGCUGCAAUGAAAUAUCUUUCAGGGACUCAUAAUAUUGUAUUCUAUUAUAACCAAGUUGCACUGGGAGAGGUUAAUACAAUGUUUUGUACAGUAGUGAGCCAUCAGCACAUCUUGAUCAGCCCUGCAAAAAUUCAAGAGGUUCCACACUUGCUGUAUUUUGUAAAUUGGUGAAUUUUAAAUAAAGUGUAUUAAGAAUA